AUGGACAAAGAACUCUUUUCGAAGAACCCAGAGUUCUUGUCGUCAUACUCAGACAGACCCAUCGUUCUCUCGCCGCCUCCAGUGGACCACCACGGCAAUGGCUCAGUGCAGACAAAACUGGACCGUCCAGAAGGAGCCCAGAGCAUGCAACAGCCACAGCUCCCCAAAGACUUUCUUGCUCAAAGACAGCAGUCGGUUGGUUAUAACUUGCAGCAGGAGUUCGAGGCCUUGAAGGCUGAUUUGGACUUGGAUUUGAGCAUGUCGAACAACGACGAUGCUGCUGCCACCGGAGCAACUUCCAGUAAUGAAAGCGGCAACGGUACUACUACAGGAGGAACACCUUCUUUGGGUCAUUUCUUGUCGCCCCAGUUUUCUCAUGGCUUGGGGCCUUCGUUGCUGGAGAAUUUCUCUUCUUUGGCUUCUUCCAAUGUCCCAAUGGGCCAUUUGGGCAACAACAUGGCCCCAGGCGCAGGCGCAGGCUCGCAUCUUCUGGGGCUUUUGGGUGUUGCUGGUUCCAAGUCUCUGUCGUUUUUGCCUCCCUCGUUGCUGGUGCCUUCGAGACCGCAAUCCGUCAAUGAUUUCUCCAACUUGUUAGGAAGAAACCAGAAUCCUACUCCAGGAUCUGGCUUGUCUCGUCUUCAAGCUUCCGGAGCUGGUCUGUCGUUCUACAGCGACUUGGUUGGCUUCACUUCCUGGAUGGAGAACUUGGAUCCUCAAGACAUUGUCAUCAUGCUCGACCACUGGUGCAACAAUUUGCCAUUUGACAUUUUGCUCACCAUGAAGUCUCGCCUCGAGUCUCAUCUCGAUCACUCUAAUGAGCAGGCGCUGGUGCCUCCUAAGAUGAAUUAUGGCUACGAAGACUUGGUCACGAACAUGGAAAAUACUUCAUUGGACUCUUUCAAGCUGAGAAACCCUCAUCAACAGAACGGACUCGCUCAGCCAAAGCCAAAGAACAAUGACCCUUACAGAAGUCACCUUUUCCAGGAAUCAAAGUUGCAGAGACCUAAGCUGGCUGAUCCAAGUCUACACAACCGCUUCCCAGGACCUAAUGCUAAUCAAGCCUCGUCUGGCCAAGUUAACCCCUCCACUUCUGGAGGUAAUCACGGCGGUAAUCCAUUGGAUAGAGCUAGAAGCCCUACUUCUCAUUUGCAUGAGAAGACCAACUUCUUGCAGUUGGCCGCUGCUUCUAACUCGCCUCUCUCUUACGCUCAGCAUAGUCACUCCCCAGAUGAAGGUUACGACCUUAAUGCUGCUCUGAAGUUAGGGGCGCUUGCUACCAUCAACUCCCGUGUUGCCCUUGACUCUAAUAGAAAGGGCCCCGCUUACCAACAACACCAAGCGCUGCAACCUCAACAGCCUUACCCGCAUAAUCCACUUGCCUAUGAGGAACUGAUUAAUCGCCAGGCUAACUCUUCAUCGGUCCCUGUGCAACCACAAAAAUAUUCUGUUGCCGCUAUGGGUGGUGCCAACCAGGGUCCUUCUGCUGCGGCUCUCAAGAUGAAGAAGGAAGACUCUACUGUCAGAUCCAGAGCUUCUACUCCUGUUGGCGGAUCUUCCUCCAACGCUGCAUGUGGGCUGUCUUCCAUGCCUACCGAGAUCGCUACGCUCGACUUGCUCAAUAAUAUUCCCGCUUGGUUGAAGCUUCUUCGUCUCCACAAGUACACCGACUGCUUGAAGGACAUGUACUGGAAAGACCUUGUUGAGCUUUCUGACGAAGAUUUGGAAAACAAGGGCGUCAAAGCACUCGGAGCCAGAAGAAAAUUGCUCAAAGCGUUUGAGGCUGUUAAGCAGUCGAGGUUGUAG